UGACUUGAGUGCGACUACUCAUUAAUUUGCAGUUUAAAUUUUUAAGAAAGAAGUAGAUUCAUAUAUAAUUUCAUGGGGGAAAUAUCAGAGCAGGUGAACCAGAAAAAUGCACUUGGAUGGGCAGCUAGUGACACUUCUGGUCUUCUCUCUCCCUUCACUUUCUCCAGAAGGGCAACAGGAGAGAAGGACGUGACAUUCAAAGUGAUGUAUUGUGGGAUAUGUCAUUCAGAUCUUCACAUGCUUAAAAACGAAUGGGGCGUUCCUACCUACGCUCUUGUUCCAGGGCAUGAGGUUGUGGGUGUAGUGACAGAGGUUGGGAGCAAGGUAGAAAAGUUCAAAGUUGGAGACAAAGUGGGGGUAGGGUGCAUGGUGGGAUCAUGCUGCUCUUGUGACAACUGUGCCAACAAUAUUGAGAAUUACUGCCGAAAUUAUAUUCUCACCUAUGGUGCCAAAUUCUAUGAUGGAACAAUCACAUAUGGAGGCUACUCUGAUGUUAUGGUUGUAGAUGAGCACUUUGUCGUCCGAAUUCCUGAAAAAUUACCUCUCGAUGCCACUGCCCCUCUCUUAUGUGCUGGUAUUACAGUUUACAGUCCUCUGAGAUUCUAUGGACUCGACAAACCUGGUAUGCAUGUGGGUGUGGUUGGCCUCGGAGGGCUAGGCCAUGUAGCUGUCAAGUUCGCGAAGGCGAUGGGGGUUAAGGUGACUGUGAUCAGUACCUCUCCUAACAAGAAGAAGGAAUCUAUUGAACAUCUUGGUGUUGACUCAUUUUUGGUUAGCCGUGACCAAGAUGAGAUGCAGGCUGCAAUGGACACAAUGGAUGGUAUUAUCGAUACAGUAUCUGCGCCUCACCCUCUCCUGCCAUUGAUUGGACUAUUGAAAUCUAAUGGAAAGCUUGUUCUUGUUGGUGCACCCGAGAAACCACUAGAACUUCCCGUUUUUCCUCUGCUCUUGGGUGAGCACAAUGUUGGAAUUGUAGGGAGGAAGAUGGUGGGUGGUAGUAACUUUGGGGGAAUGAAAGAGACUCAAGAGAUGCUUGAUUUUGCAGCCAAACAUAACAUAACUGCAGAGAUUGAGCUUAUUCCAAUGGACUAUGUGAACACUGCCAUGGAACGACUUUUGAAGGCCGAUGUCAGAUACCGAUUUGUCAUUGAUAUUGCCAAUACAUUGAAAUCCAGCUCUUAAUCUUUCACAUGCUUCAUAAAAUUGAAGCUACACCAUACACACGAAUUUUAGAGAAUUGACAAGAGUUCUAGGAUCAUGCUGUCUUUUUUGUUAAGCUUAUGAUAAAUAUACUGUAUUUUGUAUUAUUACCUGUAAUAAAUGAUUGA